AUGAUUGUGCUAUUCCUCUUUGCCUUGCUCUGGAUGGUGGAGGGGGCCCUUUGCCAGCUCCAUUACACGGUUCAGGAAGAGCAGGAGCAUGGCACAUUCGUGGGGAAUAUCGCCGAGGACCUGGGCUUGGACAUUACAAAACUUUCGGCUCGCCGCUUCCAGACGGCGCCCAACUCCCGCAGCCCUUACCUGGAGCUCAACCUGGAAACCGGGGUGCUCUACGUAAAUGAGAAGAUCGACCGGGAGCAGAUAUGCAAGCAGAACCCCUCCUGCCUGCUGCACCUGGAGGUCUUUCUGGAGAACCCCCUCGAGCUGUUCCGAGUGGAGAUCGAGGUGCUGGACAUCAACGACAACCCCCCCUCCUUCCCAGAGCCCGACCUGACAGUGGAGAUCUCGGAAAGCGCGACGCCGGGCACCCGCUUCCCCCUGGAGAGUGCCUUCGACCCCGACGUGGGCACUAACUCGCUGCGCACCUACGAGAUCACCCCCAACAGCUACUUCUCUCUCGACGUGCAGACGCAAGGGGACGGCAACCGCUUCGCCGAGCUGGUGCUGGACAAGCCCUUGGACCGGGAGCAGCAAGCGGUGCACCGCUACGUGCUGACCGCGGUGGACGGCGGGCAGCCCCAGCAGCGCACCGGCACCGCCCUGCUCACCAUCAGGGUGUUGGACUCCAACGAUAACGUCCCCGCCUUCGAGCAGCCCGUCUACACCGUGUCGCUGCCGGAGAACUCGCCGCCGGGCACCCUGGUGCUGCAGCUCAACGCCACCGACCCCGACGAGGGCCAGAACGGCGAAGUGAUCUACUCCUUCAGCAGCCACAUCUCGGCCCGCGCCCGGGAGCUCUUUGGCAUCGCACCGCGCACCGGGCGUCUGGAGGUGAACGGCGAGCUCGACUACGAGGAGAGCAGUGUGUAUCAGGUGUACGUGCAAGCCAAGGACCUGGGGCCAAACGCCGUGCCUGCGCACUGUAAGGUGCUGGUGCGGGUGCUGGACGCCAACGACAACGCGCCUGAGAUCAGCUUCUCCACCGUCAAGGAGGCAGUGAGCGAGGCGGCGGCGCCGGGCACCGUGGUGGCCCUCUUCAGCGUCUCGGACCGCGACUCGGAGGAGAACGGACAGGUGCAGUGCGAGCUGCUGCAGGGCGACGCGCCCUUCCGCCUCAAGAGCUCCUUCAAGAACUACUACACCAUCGUCACCGAGGGUCCCCUGGACCGCGAGCAGCCGGGCGGCGACGCCUACACCCUCACCGUGGUGGCCCGGGACCGCGGCGAACCGCCGCUGAGCACCAGCAAGUCCAUCCAGGUGCGGGUGAGCGACGUGAACGACAACGCACCGCGCUUCAGCCAGCCCGUCUACCAGGUCUACGUGAGCGAGAACAACGUGCCCGGAGCCUACAUCUACGCCGUCAGCGCCACCGACCGGGACCAGGGCGCCAACGCCCAGCUCGCCUACUCCAUCCUGGAGAGCCAGAUCCAGGGCAUGUCCGUCUUCACCUACGUCUCCAUCAACUCCGAGAACGGUUUCCUCUACGCUCUCCGUUCUUUCGACUACGAGCAGCUCAAGGAGUUCAGCUUCCAGGUGGAGGCCCGCGACGCCGGCGAGGAGCCACAGCCGCUGGCCGGCAACGCCACCGUCAACAUCAUCGUGGUGGACCAGAACGACAACGCCCCCGCCAUCGUCAGUCCCCUGCCCGGCCGCAACGGCACCCCGGCGCGGGAGGCGCUGCCCCGCGGCGCCGAGCCGGGCUACCUGGUGAGCCGGGUGGCGGCGGUGGACGCCGACGACGGGGAGAAUGCGCGCCUCACCUACAGCAUCGUGCGGGGCAACGAGGCCAGCCUCUUUCGCAUGGACUGGCGCACCGGGGAGCUGCGGACGGCGCGCAGGGUGCCGGCCAAGCGCGAUCCCCAGCGCCCCUACGAGCUGGUCAUCGAGGUGCGCGACCACGGGCAGCCGCCGCUGUCCUCCACCGCAGCCAUCCAGGUGGUGCUAGUGGACGGCGCGGGCGAGCGGCCCGGCGGUGGGGGCGGCCUGGGCGCGGGGGCGGGUGUGGGGGGCGGCGGGGGCAGUGGCGGCUCCGGCGAGCACCGUCCCAGCCGCUCCGGAGGGGACACCUCACUUGACCUCACUCUCAUCCUUAUCAUCGCCCUGGGCUCCGUCUCCUUCAUCUUCCUGCUGGCCAUGAUCGUCCUGGCCGUGCGCUGCCAGAAGGAGAAGAAGCUCAACAUCUACACCUGCCUGGCCAGUGACUGCUGCUUGGGCUGCUGCUGCUGCUGCCCCUGCUGCAGUCGCCAGGCGCGGGCCCGCAAGAAGAAGCUCAGCAAGUCGGACAUCAUGCUGGUGCAGAGCUCCAACGUGCCCAGCAACCCGGCGCAGGUGCCGGUGGAGGAGUCGGGCAGCUUCGGCUCUCACCACCACAACCAGAACUACUGCUACCAGGUCUGCCUCACCCCAGAGUCUGCCAAGACCGACCUGAUGUUCCUCAAGCCCUGCAGUCCCUCCCGCAGCACCGACGCCGAACACAACCCCUGCGGGGCCAUCGUCACCGGCUACGCCGACCAGCAGCCCGACAUCAUCUCCAACGGCAGCAUUUUGUCCAGCGAGACAAAACAUCAGCGUGCUGAACUCAGUUACCUAGUUGACAGACCCCGGCGAGUAAACAGUUCUGCAUUCCAGGAAGCAGACAUAGUAAGCUCUAAGGACAGUGGUCAUGGAGACAGUGAGCAAGGAGACAGUGAUCAUGAUGCCACUAAUCGAGGUCAAUCCUCUGGCAUGGAUCUCUUCUCCAAUUGCACAGAGGAAUGUAAAGCACUGGGCCACUCAGAUCGGUGCUGGAUGCCUUCCUUUGUUCCAGCUGAUGGACGCCAAGCUGCAGAUUACCGCAGCAAUCUGCAUGUACCUGGCAUGGACUCCGUUCCAGACACUGAAGUGUUUGAAACACCAGAAGCCCAGCCGGGGGCAGAAAGGUCCUUCUCCACCUUCGGCAAAGAGAAGGCCCUUCACAACACCCUGGAGAGGAAGGAGUUGGAUGGACUGCUGUCUAAUACACGAGCGCCUUACAAACCACCAUAUUUGAGUAAGUACGGUUCAAAAACCUCUGUGAGCAUGUUCCCUCGGCAGGAAUAA